AUGUCACUUGUACCUGUAGGAGUUUUAUCGAUACCAUCAAAUAAAUCUGCCUUAGGUUCUAUAAUAGGACAGUUUACAGUUAUGUCUAAAUAUCUACCAUUACCAUUAUAA